GGCGGAGGAACGUUCGGAGCACUUGCCCUUUCCACCGAAACCAAACCGGUUUGCUUUCCGCCUCUGCAUCGCCCGCUGCCUCUGAAUUCGGGGCGCCUCUUCCACGCCGCCCUGCCGUGCUCUGAGAAGUAAUCUCGGUUUUGAUGGAAGCUUGUCUCUGAAAGACUGGAAAGGAAUAAAGAACAUAAUGACUACUUUGGAUGAUAAACUGCUUGGUGAGAAGCUCCAGUAUUAUUACAGCAGUAGUGAGGGUGAGGAUGAAGACAGUGAGAAAGAAGAUAAAGAAGGAGAGAGCACCAUUCCUGAAAGUGUCGGGGAAGUAGAGCUUAGCAGCGAUGGCAGUGCAGUCAACACAGGUCCCAAAGGAGUCAUUAAUGACUGGCGAAGGUUUAAACAACUGGAAACCGAGCAGCGGCAAGAGCAGCGCAGAGAAAUGGAACGACUCAUUAAAAAGUUAUCUAUGACGUGUAGAUCUCACUUGGAUGAAGAGUCUGAUAAGCAGAAGCAGAAAGAGCUUCAGGAAAAAAUCAAUGGAAAGAUGACGUUACAAGAAUAUAACAUGAUUCACAACGAUGAAGAUGAUGAGGAAUUUUUGCAGCGAUACAGGAAGCAGCGAAUGGAGGAGAUGAGACAGCAGUUGUACAGUGGGCAGCAAUUUAAACAGGUUUUUGAGAUUACCAGUGGUGAAGCGUUUUUGGACACAGUUGAUAAAGAGCAUAAGAGCACAUUGAUCAUGAUCCAUAUUUAUGAAGAUGAUAUCCCCGGCACCGAAUCCCUGAAUGGCUGUAUGAUCUGCCUGGCUGCUGAGUAUCCAACAGUUAAAUUUUGCAGAGUGAAGAGCUCGCUCAUUGGUGCUAGCACUCGCUUUACAAAUAACGCUCUGCCAGCUUUGCUGAUCUAUAAGGCAGGGGAGCUCAUUGGCAAUUUUGUGCGAAUCACUGACCAGCUUGGAGAAGAUUUUUUUGCUGUAGACCUGGAGGCUUUUCUGCAGGAAUGUGGUUUGUUGCCAGAAAAAGACCUAGUGCUCCUGACUUCUAUACAUAAUCCAUCUGCGUGUUACAGUGAAGACAGUGAUCUGGAAAUAGACUGAACCACUUAUACCAAAGGGGCCAGUAGUGUAGUUGUACUGUGGGAUGUUCUUGUGCUAGGGAUUGUUCUCUUUCGUCCGUAGCGUGGGUCUGUAUUCUUCCCCUUCAUGCAUUUUGACUUUGGCGCGUUAAAAAUUUGUUAAAAGUAACAUAAGGAAUUCCUAACGUUUUCUUAAAUUAAGUCAAUAAAGUACACACUAAAACAGUCUUGCAUUUAUGCAAUUCAACUGUAUUUUACUAAACAUGAAGUUCUAACACAAUUCAGUAAGUUUAGGAAAUUGUGUAUUGUAUCCCGUAGAUUUUUUUUAAGCAUUUUGUUCUCAGACCAGCUGUGUAUGGUCAGUCUCCUUACAGGUUUCCUGAAACAGUGUAAUGUGAAUGCUAGUUGGAUUGUGGCCACCUACUCACUAAUACAAGAGUUAGGACUGCAAAUAAGUUUUUAAGCAUUCAAAACUUGUAUUAACCUGGACCUGAACUGCUGCCAGUUAAGAGUGUGAGGUCCCAUCUUCCGUUCCCCAAUUUGCAGUCCCCUUCUUGGAAGUACCUUCUUGUUCUAACAGUCGGCAUCAAAUUUUGUUCCUUGUUCACUUACAAAUAACAACAGCUCCUGACUUCAUCCUGAAAAUUACUUCUCAGCUAGAGAGAGCUCUUCUUCCUUUAACCUUGCCCAAGUUUAAAGCUCAGUAUCCUGUUUCUGCACAGAGUGUCCAGCAGCAUCAAAAGCAUUGCCACUGUCCUGGUUUUCCUCUGAUGGCAGCUCUUUGGGACUCCUGUAUCAGUGGAGUUCACUAACAGGAGAAAAUCUUGUGGGGUGCAGGUGAAACCUUUGUAGAGACUGCAAUUUUCCCCUCUGUCCUUUGUAAGAAAUAACAAAGAACAAAGGCCUCCUCAGAAGCAUCACCACAGCUGUUCCAGUUGCCCAGUGACACUGAUCUUCAAGUUCUCAUCUUCCCCAAAAGCACAGGGUGACUCCCGCUUCUGGACACAGAAUAAAAGCCAUCCAGCGCUGGCUGAGCCUGUUUGUCUCUAUGAACGUUAUUGCUACUGAAUGCAGGAGCUGCAUAUUGCCCUUCCCUCCCACAGCACCUUUUUCAUUACCAUUUGUCAGCGAUUACGUUUUCAUUAAGGUGUGUUUAUUUAUUUUGUUUGUGCUCUGCUUCAUAAAUCACAUUGUAAUAUGGGGAAGCAAUUUUCAGAGUUUCUGUUGCAUUAAAGUUCACCCUGCCUCCAGCAAGUCUGGUGCUACGUAGCUGUGAGAUAACCUGCGUAGCGUGAGAAGCAAUUAGCAAUUUAUAGCGAACACAAGCACGAAAUCCUCAGAUGAUGCAGAGCGAGGUAAAGGCUUUACUGGCCAGAUGAUGGUGGGGCUGAGUUGCUCAAACAGCGUACCUAGCACGAAUGAGCGUGUUGAGUGUGUGCACUCUAUACUUAGUUUUUAUUGAAUUAUCUUCUACAGACUUAAUUUGAUAUUACAAGAUGUUUCCUUCCUCAUGCAUUACUUAUUUUGCUUGUUAUUUUUUAAUUUUGAGGAAAGUAGACUAUCAUUACCUAAAUGCAUGACCCAAUGUAACGCCAUGUUUAAUGAUUAAAUUUAAUGGCAAGUUUUAUGUAAGGCACUUUGGGACACGGGGAAGAAAUGCCAAUGUCUCUGUGUAAGCACUAGGUUCUUAAUAAGAACAGAUCUUAGGAUAUAAAAAGAAGAAUUUGUAAUUGCAUCUAUUUGAACUGUAUUUUAAAAAGUAGUAUAACCAGAAAAAUAAUUUGUAAUUAAAAAUUACUGAAUUGGCACAAAUUGUAGCUGUUUUAAGGAAACUGGCAGAAAUCCAGAUUUUAAAAUGUGGUAAGAGAUGAUUUCUUUUCAUCUCAGAAUUGCAGAAAAAAACCCAGGAAAGUGAUAUGAAAUUAAAUCAUUGAGCAUGGAUAUCAGCACAUUUAAGAAAAAAAAUCAAAGUAGCUGUAAUUUAUAUUCAGGAUAAGACUCGGUGAAGUCUGUCGUGCAGACAGGGUGCGCAUUAGCAUCAUCAUAAAAGCUGGAUGGAGAGGGGGUCGGGGGAGAGCUGACUGCUUGAGUUACUUUGAAGUUUUAUUUUUAUAAAGUGCUUUUUUUUUUUUUUUUGGCCCCUAUGGCAGCAAAACUGCAGUAAGAUCAAAACCUCUCCUGCUGCUCUAUGUCGGACAGCCUGCAGCAAGGUGACGCCUGGUUAUUCAUCUCCAGUGCUCAGGUAUAUGAUAGAUGGUUUACAGUGCCAGUAGCAAAAAAAAAGGAAAAGAAAAAAGGUCUGAAUCCAAUUAAUCAUUGAUCCGGAGGAAUAUAAUGAGCACGAGGGUGAGGGGUAGAGAGAAGACGCGGUUCGAUGCUGCCUCUCGCUCUCAGCGCAGGUAGCACCAGCGUGAGAAGGCAGGGGAGGCUGGCGGCAGCUCUGCUGCUUCUGUCCCUUCUUGGAGCUAAAUCCUACUGAGCACCGGGUAAUUGUGUGCCCUAAAAACCCAGCGUUCUUAACGAGCAUUAAACAAUGUAACAAAAUAAUUUAGAAUAGGUUAGUUACUAAUUUGUGAGUGUCUGUCCCCUAUCCAUUCAGUACAAAUAAAAACUACAACUGUACCAACAGUGUACCAGUAAAUGUUUUGGUUGAAGUGUUAAAGGCUGCUUUAUUUCUCUAAUUUUAGAUGUGAUCCUGACCAGCAGAUUAAGAAUUGAGGUGUAUUUAUGUACACAUAUGGGGGACUAAAGUGAAAAUGAAAUUGUAUGAACACCUGCAUAAAACAAAACUGUUUUGAAACACUCAGCUUGGCAUCGAGAGCGUCAGGUUUUCAGUUUGCUACAGGUGCCUCUCCUUCCCCCAAAGCCGUUGUACUAGGUGACCCUCAGAACGUCAUUUAAAUUAUGCAUUCCUACUAAAUGCUUUGGGUUUGAAUAAAGGAUGCUUUUUAAUUUUGCC